CUCCCAUCCCGCCUUCCAUCUCUUCCGCCCUCUCUCACAGCUUCCUUCCCGCACCCGCAUACCCUCGUCUCGCUCUCGCCUUGCACCUCGCCCAGCGCGCUCCGCCUCCUCGCCGCGCCGCACGCCUCUCCGCGUGCGCCUUACGCUCGCCCAGCCGUUGCGCUAGCGCCUCUCGCGCCAGCCGCAGCCUCGAGCUCGGCGCCCUUGCCGUCGCAGCUGCGUCGCAGCGUCUCUUCCCUCGACCGCAGCCGCCCUCGCUUGCUUCGCCCAGCAUGAAGUUCGGCCGCACCAUCAAGACGUCGCUCUACUCCGAGUGGUCGACCAAGUACCUGCGCUACUCGGAGCUCAAGAAGCACAUCAAGGCGCGCAUCGCCGACAACGGCGGCAGCUGGAGCGACAAGGACGAGGAUGAGUUCGUCGAGGAGCUGCGCAAGGAGCUCGACAAGAUCUACGACUUCCAGCGCACCAAGGUGACGGAGCUCACGGAGCGCAUCAACAAGGCGCAGUCCGAGGUGCACCUGCUCGUCUCGUCGCGCCCCAACAGCAGCUCGUCGCUGCCCUCGCGCGCCAACUCGCGCAGCAGCCACAGCGAGGGCCACGCCAGCGGCGAGGACGUCGUGUACGCCGAGGACGACGUGGGCAGCGACGACGAGUUCGACAGCGACACCGAGGACGCCGACGCGUACGAGGAGCGCUUCCUCGAGCUCGAGGAGCGCCUGGCCGUCAUCAUUGCCGACGUGCACGACCUGGCGCUCUUCACCAAGCUCAACUACACGGGCUUCCACAAGAUCGUCAAGAAGCACGACAAGCAGACGGGCCGCCUGCUGCGCAAGGAGUUUGUGCAGCACUACCUCAGCGCGCGGCCGUUCUACAAGGAGAACUACGACGCGCUCAUCGUCAAGCUGAGCAAGCUCUUCGACCUCGUGCGCACGCGCGGCCACCCCGUCGUCGGCGACUCGUCUGCCGGCGGCUCGCAGUCAGCCUUCGUGCGCCAGACGACCAAGUACUGGGUGCACCCCGACAACAUCGUGGCGCUCAAGCUCGUCAUUCUCAAGCACCUGCCCGUGCUCGUCUUCAACCCGGACAAGGACUACCAGGCCGAGGACUCGGCCAUCACGAGCAUCUACUACGACAACGAGGACCUCGAGCUCUACCUCGGGCGCCUCGAGAAGACGGAGGGCGCCGAGGCGAUCCGCCUGCGCUGGUACGGCGGCAUGGACAACAAGCAGAUCUUCGUCGAGCGCAAGACGCACCGCGAGGACUGGACGGGCGAGAAGAGUGUCAAGGCGCGCUUCCCGAUCAAGGAGGAGAACGUGAAUGGCUACAUGAGCGGCGAGUACCGCAUGGACGAGACGUUUGAGGCGCUGCGCAAGAAGGGCAAGAAGAGCGACAAGGAGAUCGACAGCAUGCUGCAGCUGGCCGGCGAGGUGCAGUACUCGGUGCUCAGCCGCGCGCUGCAGCCCGUGAUGCGCUCCUUCUACAACCGCACGGCCUUCCAGCUGCCCGGCGACGCGCGCGUGCGCAUCUCGCUCGACACGGAGCUCUCGCUGGUGCGCGAGGACAACUGGGACGGCAAGCAGCGUGCCGGCAGCAACUGGCGCCGCAUGGACAUUGGCAUCGACUACCCCUUCGACCAGCUCGACAAGGAGGACAUUGAGCGCUUCCCCUACGGCGUGCUCGAGGUCAAGCUGCAGACGCAGAUGGGCCAGGAGCCGCCGGAGUGGGUGCGCGAGCUGGUGCAGAGCCACCUGGUCGAGGCCGUGCCCAAGUUCUCCAAGUUCAUCCACGGCUGCGCCACGCUGCUGUCGAACCGCGUGGACCUGGUGCCCUUCUGGCUGCCGCAGAUGGAGAUCGACAUCCGCAAGGCGCCGACGCGCGCGCUGCAGCUCGGCAUCGACCGGCCCUCGUCGCACCACGCCUCCAACUCGAGCUCGCGGCCCGAGACGCCCAGCUCGGCGAAGGACGGCGCGACGGGCGCCUUUGACGGCGCCUACAACGAGCCGGCGAGCGAGGACGAGUUCGAGGGCGCGGCCGACGAGGAGCGCGACCAUGCCGUCGCCGGCGACGACCACGAGGCCGGCCAGCUGGGCCUGCCGCCGUCGGACCCGCGCGUGCGCGAGAUCCGCGAGCAGCGCGAGCGCAACAUCCGCGAGCGUGCCGCGCAGCUCGAGGCGCAGGCCAAGGACAACCCGGACCAGGCGAGCAGCGUGGCGGCGACGCACCUGGCCGCCGGCAGCAGUGCCGUGCGGCAGCCGGGCUCCUCGGGCGUGCAGCGUGCGGCGCCCGUCGGGCGCGAGCAGAUUCUCUCCACGAGCACAAACUUCGACCGCACCUACUUCACCAAGCUCACGCCGGCGAACCUGCGGCGGCUGUGGCGCGCCAAGAACGCGCGCGACGGCGCCGAUGUCGGCGGCGACGACGACGACGAGGAGGCCGAGGCCGACGCCCGUGCGCGUGCCGCGCUCGAGGGCCGCGACGAGGAGGAGCCGAGCGGCAGCCGCGCGCCCGUCGAGUACGUCACCAACUUCCACGCGCAGCCGGGCAAGAAGGUCUCGAUUCCCGUGCGCGUCGAGCCAAAGGUGUACUUUGCAAACGAGCGCACCUUCUUGAAAUGGCUCGAGUUCAGUGUCUUCAUCUCGGCCCUUGCCGUCGGCAUGAUCAACUUCUCGCAGCCCGGCGACAAGACAGGCCUCAUCGCCUCGGCCAUCUUCACCGUCAUUGCGCUCUUCUGCAUUGCCUACUCGGGCGUCAUCUUCAUGUGGCGUGCGCUCAAGAUCCGCGCAAAGGAGUCGAGCAACGUGUACUUCGACGGCAUCGGCCCCACGUUCCUCUGCGCCGUGCUGCUGGCAGGCACGCUCGUCAACUUUGCGCUGCGCUGGAAGGAGUCGCACGAGUCGCGCCAGGGCCGCGGCCUCGUCAACUGAGCGUGCGCGUGCGCAGCAGCUGGCCCUCGCAUCCACAGACCGCUCUCCCAUGCCGUGCUCGUAUGCCCCUUCACCCCUCCUUUCCUUCGCGCCCCCGUCUCGUCGCUUCCUCCGCUUGCAGGCCCGAACCUAAUGCAUGACUUCGAAUUGG